UUUCCGAUGUCGGUUGUGCGUGUUUCUUCGCUAGUAGAGAAACUAACUAUUCAAUCAAUUAUUGCAAAAUUUUCCCAAGUAUUUAGUUCCAACACUUUCAUCAGCUUCCGUCCGAGCAGAAUAAUUGUAAAUGUGGUUGAUUGAGAUGAGGCAAAUGAUGGGCAGAGGUGUAACUGUAAAGUUCCUUACAUUUAUGUAGUUUAAUCGGAGCGUGACGAAAUGGAAAUCGGUCCAGCUACGGGGAAGAAGUAGGAAGAGUAGUGAAAGUGCGUGUUUGUUAGUCCACAGUGUAAAGGCUAGUGGAUUCCGGAGGUAACUAUCCAAGGGCGUUGAAUUAAAUCCACAGUAAGCAUUGUGCUCACGAAGGAUACGGUUGACAGAACGAAACCCUCAUCGGUUCGAGCAAAUGGAAUAAAUUCAUCCUCUGUCGUCACAUUACGUUCUUUCUUUUCCACUUUAUACAGUACAGUGUGUAAAACUGUCAAUAUGUGAUAAUCUCAGAUGUUGGAAAGAUGAUAUUCAUAACAAACGCUUUUAUGUUGGGGCUGUUGCUCGGAGGAUUUUCAUCGCAAGUCGAGAACACCUGUUUACAAAUCAUGGCCUGACUAGUAGAUCUUAUGAUCUACCAGACAAUCCAAUCAACUACAGUAGAGAUGUGUAAAAUAUAAGUUCAAGAAAAAAAACAUUGAAUUUGUUCUUGGUUACUGAAGCUAUAGUAUAUAAGUUGAAAUUGAAAAGAGUGCUGAAAGUUGAAAUACUUUAGAUCAUCCUAUGAAUAAUGGCCUUACAGAAAAAGUUAUCAAAUAACGAUUUCGAGCUUCUCUCGAUCAACAAAAUGAAUAACAACAGUAACAAUACUGCUGGCAGCAGCAAUAACGAUUCGAACGGAAACGGCAUUGUCGGUAUAAUAAGCACCGGCGGUGGUUCCGGUGGAAAUGCUAAUACCGCCGGUAACAACAACAGCGGCAGCAUUAAAAUGCCCCCGAAAAAGAUCCAGUUCAGCACACCGGAGUUCAGCAUCACGCCAAUCGAGACGCUGCCUGGUAGUACGGCACGCCCGCCCCCCAACCGGAAAAGGGAGGAAGCAAUCGUAAUGGCAAAUCUUCGGAAACGUGUAGCCGCUGUAGAUCUGAGUAAAGUUCCUCCUCGACGCAACACCUUGGCUCCUGCCCUGGACGAUAUCAGUAUCAACGAUACGGGCCAGACGCAGGACCAAAUGGACAACCGCCCACUGCUCCCAAAGCCAUCCGUAUCGGGUCCUGGUGUUGGUGGUAGUGGUGACCGCAAAGAUCGGCAGAAAAAUGGCAGCAACGAUGGUGGGGAGGAAUCACCGAAAGUGAAAAUAGUCAUGGAUAAAGAUUUUAUCUUCGAGUGUAUGUGUUGGCACAACGAAUAUCGAAUGCGGCACGGAGCGACGGCGCUGGCCAUUUCCUCGGAGCUGUGUGAGCUGGCAUCGCAAUGGGCAAAUCAUUUAGCGAAUACCAACGAACUGUACUAUCAGAUCGGUACAAACUACGGUCAGAAUAUUUUUUGCUGUCCGGCAAAUUCCCUACUCACGGAUCUCUCUGGUCAAGAGGUGGCAACAUACUGGUACAGUACCAAUCGAAGGUAUGAUUACUUCAAAGAAAGUCAUCUGCUACACACUAACGUCAACACCGGCCACUUCAGCCAGAUGGUGUGGCGGGCCAGCAAGUACUUUGGGGUCAGCAAAUCCAUCUCUAAGACCGGCAAGCUGUUCGUAGUGGCGUACUACUAUCCGGCCGGGAACGUGAUGGGUGAAUUUCGCCAGAAUGUCCUGCCACCAAUCGUGGCCAACGUAGAUCCCCACCUUUCGCGUUCUCCUUCGAACAAAGAUCUGGAAAAUCUGAGUGCUUCCCACUGAGUAAAUAAGAAACGGUGUUCCAUUAUGUAACAUAUAAGAUACUUCCUAGGCCAGAAACUAACCGCAUGGAUUUCAUCGUUUGUAAAGAAACUAAUUCAAUCACAUGUACAGCCGCUGUAAAAAAUCCUAGUCUAUUGCCACUGCUUACAUAGUAACUGUUGAGGCGGCGUAGUUAAAUCAACCAGUGUAAUGAGCUUGAAUUUGACUGCUAGUGUGCUACCAAUCCUACGUACUCGAUACUUAAACUUGAAAUACUAACAUUGGCCCCUAGAAAGAUUCUUAGAUUGCGAAUCGGCAGCCCAUACUGCAUUCACUAACGUUCGGAAACGCUGAACUUUCUUUUGUUCUUUCUAAGUGCUGGAAGACUGGAAAACUACUUGUCAGACUAAAAUGAGGACAAAAAAUCUUUCACUGCUAAAUGUUUAUCCAAAAUUAGUUUCCAAAUAUAAACCCAAUUCAUUAACCGUGGAUGAUGGCCGGUUUUGAACGUUCGAAGAAAAACUUCGGCAAAAUUUUUAGUUUAUUUUUUCACUAAAACCUGGUUCAAAGUUUAAUCAAAGUUAAAUUCUCUCUCAACAUCUAAACUGAAUUAUGCUAACUAAUUCCAGCUCCUACCACUAGGAGCGUGUCGGUAACGCCGGACGGCAAGAUUUAAUCAGACUUUAAGGACCAUUUCAAUGUUCGUUCCGACAUCCGACUUUAAAAAUACUUAUCCCGCAUUUAUCAUCGAAUGUUAUGGAAAUCAUUCUUACACAAAUGUUAACCCUAUGAAUGGUAUGAAUCCGUAACUUGUGUGAUGAAAACAUGAGUGGGAAUCACAUCACUUGUAUCCAUAUUCUUUGCACGCAAUUCGUUCGCAUCGAUUCUGCGAAGAUAUUUCAUUCAUGCAAAAGCAUAAACGCUGUUGCUAUGCUUUGAUGGGUUUCGGGAAUGAUCAUUGAAUUCGAAUGCAGUGAGCGAUUAUUUGAAACCCUGAAUAAAUCAUUAAAGGAAGAAAUAGAAAUUGGAGGAAUUAACAUUUCUGUAAUUCAAGUGAAAUCUUCCUGAAAAUGUUGAAAUUUUAAACGUAAUUUUUCAAUUCAGAUGAUACUUUCUGUAGGAUAAAUUAACCUGUGGUGGACCUCUUGUUAUAGUGACCACUCGACAGAUUAAUUCAAUUUCUCUUACCAUUAAUUUGGAAUUUAUAUUUUUAAGCAGGUGGAGUCAUUGGAAUUUUAAGACUAUAGGUUGAUUUCUAUAGUGGACCCUGUUUUAUAGUGGACGACUAGCCAGAUUAAUUUAAUUUUUGCGGAAAUUCGAGGGGUUUCCAGAAACUUCUUUCAGGAAAGCAUCACAAAUAUUUAUAAAUUCCGAUUUAUAUUAAGAGAAAUUGAGUUAAUCUGACGGGUGGUCCACUAUAGGUUAAUAAAGCAAAGGGGUCAACUAUUGGUUAACUUAUGUCACAAAAGUAUUGAUCUCUACUAAAAUGUUGUCCUUGGACGAGCUGCAGAACAUUUGGGGUAAAUUAACCAACGGUGGACUCAAUUCCUCUAGUGGACUACCCACAAAAUUAAUUCAAUUUAUACGAUAACUCGAGUGGUUUUUAGAAAACUUCCAUCGGGAAACUUCUAAUGCAGCCAAUCUGCAUCACAAACAAUUAUAAAUUCCGAUUUUUGUCAAGAGAAAUUGAGUUAUUCUGACUGGUGGUCCACUAGAGAAAGUGGUCCAUUAAAAUCAGUUCUGAUCUACUGCUUUUUUGCAAUAGUUUAAAAAAAAUUAAAAUAAAUUUGAAAAAAUAUUGAUGUCAUUUAAAAGCUUUGAAACUUUUCACAUGAAAGAGCAAAAAUUUUUUGAAUAUUUUGGAAGAACAAAUUUUUGAUUGCAGUAAAACCAAAAACUUAGUGCAGAAUUGCACUUUGACAGGACAAGCAAUGUUUCAGUUGAGUAUAAAAUUAGCAUCAUGGGGCGCAGCCAGUACAUACCUACAUUUGAAUAAAAUAAAUUUGAAGUUCUGAGUGAAUUUUUGAAUGUAUGUUAAAUUAACCUAUAGCGGACCCCUUUGUUAUAGUGGAUCAUUCGUCAGAUUAACUCCCUUUUUGCGAAAACUCGAGGAAUUUUUAGGAAACUUCCAUCGGGAAACAUCUUAUCUAGCCAACCUGCAACAGAAUCUUUAAAAAACAUUUCUAAAUUCCGAUUUAUUUUAAGAGAAAUUAAAGUAAUCUGACGAGUGGUCCAAUAUAGGAGAAGGGUCCACUAUAGGUUAGUUAAAAGAAAGUGGUCCAUUUAUAGCAAUUCUACCCAUUUUACAACUUUUUUCUAAUAGUAAACGAAAAUUUCUAAUUAAAUUUAAAAAAAGUUGAUGUCAUUGAAAAACUUUUCAAAUGAAGGAGUAAAAAUAAUUUUCGAAUUUUUCGAAAAACUAUUUUCUGUACAUUUCUGAUAUUCAUAGGUAUUCUCCAAUAACAGCUGGACGCUUUGACUGCACAGAAACGAUUUUUGAUGUAAUUUUAAUCGGAAAGGCUCUUAGUAAACAAAUUGCUAAGUGAAGUCGUUUUCAAGAUUUUUCAAGAAAACUUUCAGGACUACUGAUUAACCAACAACUUAGUGAAGAACUGCACUUUGACAGGACAAGAAAUUUUCUAGUUGAGUAUAAAAUUAGCAGCAUGGGUAGCAGACAGUGCAAACCUACAUUUGAAUGAAAUAAAAUUAAAGUUCUUAGUGAAUUUUUGAAUGUAGGGUAAAUUAACCUAUAGUGGACCCUUUCACUAUAGUGGACCACUCGUCAGAUUAACUCAUUUCAGCGAAAACUUGGGGGAUCAGGAAACUUCCAAUGAGAAACAUCUUAUCUAGCCAACCUGCAAGAGAAUCUUAAAAAAAAAAACAUUCAUAAAUUUCGAUAUAUAUUAAGAGAAAUUGAAGUAAUCCGACCAAUAUAGGUCCAAUAUAGGAGUAGGGUCCACUGUAGGUUAAUUAAAAGCAAGUGGUCCAUCAAUAGCAGUUCUACCUAUUUUUAUACUGCUUUUUUCAAUGGUAAAUAAAAAUUUUGAACUAUAUUAAAAAAAAAUUUGUGAUUUAAAAACUUUUCGAAUGAAGAAACAGAAAUAAUUUUUUGAAUUUUUCAGACAGUGCAUACCUAGGGUAAAUAAACCUUUAGUGGACCCCUUUCCUAUAGUGGACCACCAGCCAGAUUAAAUGAAUUUAUACGAAAACUCGAGGGAUUUUCAACCAAAUUUCAUUGGGAAACAACUUAACCAGUCAAUCUGUAUCACAAACAUUUAUGAGUCCCGAUUUAUGUUAAGAGAAAUGCAGAUAAUCUGACGGGUGGUCUACUAUAGGUAAUAAAAUAAUAUGGUCCACUAUAGGUUAAUUUACCCUACAUUUGAAUAAAAUCAAUUUGAAUUUAUAGGUGACUACUUGAAUGAAGGGUAAAUAAACCUAUAGUGGACCACUUUCCUAUACUGCCGUGAGAUGACAAAGUGACGUAAGUGCCACUUUCCCGAAUAUGAGUUUUUCAUGCCAAUUUGUUCAUUAUUCGAAGACCUAUCUUUUGGUAUCUUCCUUUUCGUUUUUACUUAUUCGUACGUUGCAUAAAAUCAAAAAAACAAAGUGACGUUGGCAUACAUUGCCAUACAAAAGUGACGAAGAAUUCUUUCGUUUUUGGGCCGUACUGAAAAACUGAUCACUUGGAUCUACGUCACAAUGUCAUCUCACGGCAGUAUAUUGGACCACUCGUCAGAAUUACUCAAUUUUUGCGAAAAUUUCGAGGGAUUUUUAGAAAUCUUCCAUCGCGAUGCAUCUUAUCCAGCCAAUCUUCAUCAGAAUCAAGAGAAACAUUUUUCAGUUCCGACCUAUGUUAAGAGAAAUUUAGCCAAUCUGACGAGUGGUCCACUUUAGAGAAAGGGGGCCACUAUAGUUUAAUUUACCAUAUGUUUUCGAUUAGAGGUCACAUGAUUUUCCACAGAUAUUUAAGCCAUUCUUAUCGAUGGUUAAGUUUUGAAAACAGUGUACGGUAAAUUAAUCUAUAUUGGACCCCUCUCCUAUAGUGGGACACAUGUCAGAUUAACUCAAUUUCUCUUACCAUAAAUCGGAUUUUAAAUUGUAGAUAGACUGGAUAAGAUUUUUUCCGAUGUAAGUUUUCUGAAAAUCCUUCGAGCUUUCACAUGAAUUGAGUUAAUCUAACGAGUGGUCCACUAUAGAAAACAGGUCCAUUAUAGAUUAAAUUAUCCAUUUGUGAACGAAUUGUAGAAAAUUUAUUUAUAGACUUGGAAAAAAUGUGGCCCGAAAAAUAUAGGGUGGACUUCCUUCAUUGGACCACCGGUAAGAUUAACUAAAUUUAUCCGAAAACUCGAGAGAUUUCCAGAAAGCUUCCUUUGGGAAACAUUCUAUCCUGAUAACCUGCAUCAGAAUCAUGAGAAACAUUAGUAAAUUCCAGUUUAUAUCAAGAGAAUAAACGUGUUUCGUCAGUGGGGUCCAUUGAAGGAAGUGGCCCAUCCAAGGUAGUACACCUUAUACCAAGAGAAUAACCAGUUUUUUUGUCAGGGUGAUGCACUGGCUAAUCCGAAAAUUAGUUUUUGUUAUUUUGUUCAACAGACAAUGAAUCUACACCUUAUCUUUGUGACCAGAUGACGUUGAUGCUUCGUCAGGGUGAUGCACUGAAGAAAGUGGUCCAUCCAAGGUACCCUAUAGUUCUAAGAAUUUAAUACUAUCUGAAUCUUUCUUCUAUCUAUCUUUCUUCUAUUUCAUAAAGUAUAAAUUUAAAAAGUAUACGAGUAUCCAGGGCACGACACUAGCUGCCAAUAUCAAAAAAUGCUUCCAUGUCCAAUGCAAAUAAAAAACAGAAACUAGUUUAAAUUUGAGCCUCAUUUAGAUUCCGGUUGGUGAAAACAUACAUUGCCAGCUCGUUAUUAUCGCUUACCCGUUGUGAACCACGUAUGAAAAAAAAUCAAACAAAAUUAAUUCGAUGCGCUGUGUUUUACUAGAAUAACAAUCGACAUAUUAAAAAAAAAACAAAAUGCAGCUAUUUUAGAGUGCGUAAUAUUGCUUAAAAGAUAAUAUGAAAAUUAAUCACCUUAAUUAUGUGUUAUUUUAACAUAGAACAAUUGAUUGGCUAAUCCGAAAACUAGUUUUUGUUAUUUUGUUCAACAGACAACGAAUCUACAUUUUAUUUGUGUGACGAGAUGACGUUGAUGUUUCAGUAAAUGAGCGCACUAAAAAAAAACACGUAUUCCAAUCAAUGAUAAAACGAGGCGAGUGUACAAAAAAAUAUAACAUGUUAAUGUUUUAGAGAAUUUUUUGAGAGUUAUUUUAUAUAAAAAAAGAAAUUCGAUAAAAAGACACAAAAAAUAAUAUUGAAGCAUAGACAGUUUAUUAGAUUUGUUACCUACACUAGUUCAACAAUCAAAACAGGCAUCAAAAGUCGCAACAUAGUGCUAAAGAUGCUGGUCAUAAGCUUAUCGUAUAUUGUAUACAAAAGCGAAAGUUCGCAAAAUGAGAAAGAAAUUGGACACCGUUUUUAAACUCCCGGAAAUACUCGAAGCAAGAACGAACAAGUGAAAAUACUCACAGCUGUAGCAAUCAAAAACGUACGUAGGAUCCUGAUUGAAGGAGCGCAUUGAAUAUUAACGAUUUUAUAUACCUGUAAUGAAAUAGUACGUACAUCAUUAUUAUAACUAGGUAGCAGUAUAUAAAGCAUACGAUCACCGCAAACUUCCCCCUCCCGAGUGUGAGAACGAGAACAAGAACGAACGAGCGUUGUGGAUUAUGAUAUUUUCAAAUAUGCGCUAACACCCCUGUAUUCGCCAUGCUAAUUCAAAGCAUGACCCCAACCCCGCAACCAAUUGCGUUCCUGCGGCAGAUUGUCGAUUUUGGCUUCGAAAAUAUUAAUUAUAAUCAGAACUGUACUAAUCUCAUAACUGCCGAUGGUAAUAAAAGCCCUCGACUGGAAAAUUCAUUCACCACGAAAAACCACGGUGGGGUCCUCGCCCGCCCAAAAAUAAGUCAUACAAACCAGCACGAGCUCGAAAUCGUAUGUAUUCGGCGGUUUUCGUACCACUACUGUACAGGAAGGGGAUAUAUACCGAGCGAUUGGUGGAAAGGUGUACCCCUUUCCGUAAUCACGAUAAAUUAAUUUCCCCAGCCUUAAGGGUAACGUGCGACAGCCGUCCUGUGGGGCCCACCUGCAGAUGGCGCAAAAAUCAUUGAUUUUCCACUUGCAUACCUUGUGCUUAGCGGUUUCGACGGUUCGAGCGGCUGGCAAAUGGGAAGCCAAACCGCGCGGCAGGGCAUAAUGGAUUUUACUUUCUGCGGUAUUAAGUUGCAAAGGUCGUCACGGCAGGAUCAAACAGAAAAUCGUCCGCUCGAAUGGCCGGGAGACAGACUUUUCUUUUUCUUUAGUGUAGUUUGCGAAGCGUUUCGGUUACGAGCUCGGAUUUUUGGCUAAAAAUUGCGGUAAUUCAAAAACAAGAUUAAUUUUAUAAAAGAUUUCAUAAUGCUUCAGAUCUUUUUCCGCGAAGGUCAGCCGUUGUUCUUGGAAUGAUUUUUUCUUGGGUGGUAACUGUUAAAGGGCGUUUUCAGAAUGUAAUUUGAAAACCACAAACACAACGUGAAUAAUAAUAAGAUCUUAUGACUUUUUUAUUGCUUGUUGCAAUACUUUGACUGUGGUAAGAACAAGUUUCUAUCAGCAAAUUUGUCAAAAAUGUGGCAUAUAAUCUAUAUGUGUCGCCUACCGUCACCUACAAAAGUUGUUAAACUGAUUGGAUAAUUUAUUUGAUUGGUUUGAUUCGAUUUUGUUUGAUAAUUCACCUUGAUUGUUUUAUACAUCAGUUGUACUACCAAAAGAUGUAAAAAAAUAGAAUAAUCGAGAAACAGCCGAAAGAUAGCAAUCUCAAGUAGAAAUAAUAAAUUUCGCUGUGCGGAAAUUGUCAUUAACCGGUAGAGUACGGCUUUCGUGGCAAGCUAUCACGAAGUAGCACAGUCAGAACUAAGAUAAGCUAUGCUUAAAUUGAUCGCAUUCCCAAAUCCUUAUUGGAAUGUGUUUUUCAAAUAUAAUUCAUUCAUCAUUAAAAGCUUUGUCUUAUGACGUGCAAAUCAUAGCAUAGAAUUUGAAAAAAAAUUGUAACAUGAUAAUUCUACGGGGGCGAAGUGAGCUCCACACCGAAAACAAUAACCAUAAAAGUGGGAAGCAGAUGCUCACCAAUAAAAAUUCAUCCAAUGAUUUAACCACGACGUCAGGAGGGGUUUAAAUGUUACAAAUAUUUACAACAGAAGAACAAGUUGAAUUGUCUUCUGUAAGCUGUACGCGUUCGUGUUUUCGCUUCAAACGAAACACAAUUUCCACUGUUUGUGACAACAUAACAGUAAAAUUGUUUCUACCAUUAUUUUUCUCUUAUGUGCGCAUCAGUCAUAUCCUCGCAAAGAAGCAUUUAUCUCAAACUGACAAAGCGGAUACAGCACAUACAUGUAGCCUAUGUAGGUACCUAUAUCCUAAAUACACACACGGGAGCCCUCGCGAGCCCUCAAUGUUCUUGUUCAGAUCAACUGCUAUGCAAAUACUUAUAGCGUACCGAGCUUGUAUCCACCAGAACAAUACCGCAGUGGUGGUGGUUAUCGCGACCAUCCAGUAAAUCCCCGCUCGUUUGCAUAUUGCAUGCAUCACCAGUGCAGUUGGGUUCACUUUUUAUCUACCUCUCAAAAAGGCCAAGGACGAAAUUGUUGUGGUUGAAAAUUGUGAAUUUAGGUCACAUCAUUGGUGUUUCAGGUUUCAAUGCACGAUUUUUGUCACGAUUAAAAUUGUAUCGUUCAAUACAUUGUAUGAGCAUAUUCCAGCCAUAAAAGUGUUCCCGAAGUACCUACCUAACUCUAACUCAUUACGCAUCGUUAUCGCUUCGGUGUUUUACAGAACAACUUUUCUAACAGGUAACUUUCCAACUGCUUUCGUGACCGUAUUGACUACAUAAAUGGAUGACGUCAAACGGGGAAUGACGAAAACAAUAUUCUAGCGGGGGUGUAAAAGUAAAGCUCGAAAAUCCCUACUUUGUGCCUGGCUUACUGAUUCUGGUGAUUGAUAGCGCGGGCUAAGUCUGCACGCGAAAGUUGUUUGGCAUCAUUAGCAUAAAUUGCUUUCUUUUUCGGCACAGCCACGUUACACUCUCCCCCCUUAAUUUGCAUUAUUUUCCCAGGCGUGAACAACUCAUAUUUACACAUUCUUAGCACAAAGCUCCCCCUUUGAGCAGGUAUCCCGUUCUAUUGUGUUCACGCUAUUUGGAUUUAGUGUCUUCUGUUUAAUGAAAAAAUAAGAUUUUUAGCAUCACGAACCACCAUCGCUUCUGCGAUCGGUAAACUCAUCGAUUUUCGGAUAAACAGCUAACGGCGAAGAAGAGAACUUUCUUACGUCAUGCGUUCUCCGAAAAGCGCAUAAAACUGAAGUAAUCUUGUGUUGUUCUCUUAUCAACCAACAUAUAAAAUGUCGUGCCAAGAUUUAGUAUAGUUUUGUGGCGUGUUUCCAUUAAAAUGUAAGCACAGAUUGUUUCUUAUUCAUGGUUUUCGUGGGAUUAAACGAGGCGCGACAUUUCGAAUGUACAUUUUUCCUUCCAAGCUCCUAUCACCGUUUUUACAGUGGAUGGAAAGCUUUUGCGUAGUAUAACUUUAAAGGGUGUUAUUGCAAACAAAAUAUAUGCGAAGAACGAAAAUCCUGUGCACAAACAAUCAAAUGUGCAUCCUUUCUUUUUUUAAAUAACAAUCUUUUAAGCCCUUUCGAGGCACUGUUAUUAAAUGAACGAAAUGAUUCAUUGUAUCCAAAUAUUUAUAGGUAAAAACCGUCGAAUCCUACGGGACUUAGUGCAAUAUUUUCCUUUGAAAUUUGUUUACUGAAAAAUGAAUAGAUUUGUACAAACAUAGUGUCAAAUAAAAGGUGGUGCCAAACUGAUAAAACAUAUCAUUCGCAACUAAAACUGUUGAAAUUGAUCUUGUCCAACGUAUCUCAAGCUUCAGUGUAUGGAGAUUGAAAUGCAUUUAAAUCCGCCAAGAAAAUUCUAAACAAUGAAUUCCACUAUGGUCGGGCUGAAGAUUUGAGAAUUUCCGUAGAAAUUAUGGAAAAAACCUUUUUCUGUUGAAGAAUUCAUUAUUAAGAAACAGGUUGUAAAACUAAAUAUCAUCCGAAAAUUUUGUUUUGACUUGGCACACGCAAUCAAAAUUAAACACAAUCAACACAUAAAGAAACUUGUCUUUAUCAAAUUUCUUUCCGCUAUGAAACAUUUUUGUAUUAAUCAUGAACCCGUUGAAUGACCAAAAGCAAUCGUCGCCAUUUUCGUUGAUCUCGAACAGUAACUAAUGGGAUAAUUCGGUUAUUUUGAGCAUUAUAAUAAAAAUGGCCUAACAUCUAAACAUUUACUAUGAAUAAUCGUAAUGAAAUUCAUUUCCACACGUAAGAAAUAUUUAAGUAAUAUGUUUUAUAUACCGGCAAAAUUCAAUAGUAUUUACCGUUUACAUCGAGAGACAUUUCCAGUAUUUAUAUAAAAUAUAUUUCAUUUAUUUCAAUUUAGCAAAAGAAAUUAAACUUACUUGUAAACAAACAGAUACCAUCAGGUCACGCAAACUUUUACACGCUUUUUAUGGUUCGAUUCGUUAGUACCUAUACGUGACAGCUGACUUUAGCUCUUGAAUUGAGAUGCGGUAGAAUAACAAUCGCGCACAUCGAGAAGAUGGCGAUGAUCUAUUUUUUGUUGUAAUUUUAUCAUUUGGUUCUAUUUGACCAUUUUCAUUAAGAUAUAUUAGUAUAAGAUUAAUGCUAUAUGUAAUUGCCAAAAUCUCCACAAACAGCUUAAACAAUAGGAAGUAUCACUGCGGAAAUUCCCGAGUACGUUUUCAAACCGUAAUUGAAAUGCAAGUGAAGAAAAUAGAUUUUAUUACCAUAGACUGACAUAGAAUGAACCUAUCUAAUAGUUUCUCGACAAUACUGCACAAAUUUUGUGCAUAUAUGCCUUAAAUCUGCGUUUUUCAAAUUGAGCCCUUUUUGAUGAGCCUCAAUGCAUUUUGACAAUGUGAUUCGCCACGUCUAUGUGUUUUGAAAAUUCGUUUACAAAACAAAUUUACAAAUGGGCCCGUUACUUCUAAAAAACGAAAAAGGCUUAAUUCCAAAUUAUCUUUUGCUCUGCUUUAACUGUUCUAUCGCCCUUUACAAGCAAAUUACUUUAAAUAAUUUUAUCGAUUAUUGCAAAAGAAAGAAAUCGCGAACCACUCCGAAUAUGUCAAAAUAAGGUUUGUUCAAUUUAGAAUUUAGCCGCAUACAAUUUCCGAUUUCUCCAUCCUGAAAUAGCAUACAAAAUUGGUAAAAUUAUGUUUUUGCAGGGUUUUCAUUGAACUUUAAAGAAAAAAUGCAAAAUAAUUGUCGUAUACUGGUCCGAUGCAUUCUCGAACUUUUCGUCGAAUACCUCCCAUCAAUUUCUGCAUAGUGGCAACAUCAUCCAUAUCGACUAAUUUUUUGCACGACUUCGCCAUAUCAGAUGAUUUUUGGAUUGAUUUGCCAUACUUCUCCAAUUUACGCUCGACCAUUGCUCAAUAUCUCUCGGUGGGACGAAACUGUGCCCAAUUUGGUGGAUUAAUCCUUUUUUUGAUAACAUCAAUAUUCUUCUGCUUGUAUCAUUCCAAUACAUCCUGAGCGAAGUGGCAGGUAGCUAGAUCGGGGACCUCCGUGUGACUGGAUGAACGGCAAAACUAUCUCUUGAAGACACUUCUUUCUCUGAACUUGUCCAUUCAUGAUUGCUCCAGUGAUGAAAACUCUUGUCUUCUUUCCACAGCUACAGAUGGCUUGCCAAAUCAUCAACUUGCGGGCGAAUUUAUUCGCGAAAGAAAUUCGAACCUACCAGGAACAUUCCCCUUACGGUCCGCAAGGUAAAAUUUCCGACCCGGGAUUCGUCCAAAGUCCGUUUUAACGUAUGUCUCUUCGUCCUUCAAAAUACAGCCGUUGUACUCCAUCAGAACUUGUUUGUAUAGCUUUCUUGCUCGGGUUCUGGCAAACAGGUUCUGUUUCAGUGUCCUGUAGGGUUGUUUGCUUGCAUGAUACGACCGUAAUCCUUGAGAGUAGCGCGACAAACAAGUUUUCUACUUAAAAGCAAACAAGGCUAAUAAAACUGUCAUCAUGAACAAAACUGAGUUUCAAAUCCAGUUCUUCCAAGAAUAAAAGGCCUACCAAAAAUCCAUAAACCAGGAAACGAAAUGAGGAAAAUUAUUUCAGCUGUAGGGGCUCCAACAGAAAAAAUAGCAAGGUGGUUUGUAAAAGAGUUUCAAGCUAUGCCCAGUAAAUUCCCAAGUCGAUCGGUUAAGAGUACGGAAGUUUUCGUUGAAGAUUUGAAAUCUUCGGGUAUCAUUGAAGCGGAUGAGAUAGUGGUCUGGUUUGACGUGACGGCUUUGUUUCCGAGUGUUCCAGUUAAUGAAACCUUGAAUCUUCUUGAGGAUUGACUAAUUCCCCAAUAUACUGAUAGCACUUGGAAAAAGAAAGUCGUGAAUCUCAUGAAACUAACCCGCCUUUGUAUAAAAGAAAAUUAUUUCACUCCUCGAGGUGAAUUUUACACACAAACAAAAGGAGCUCCAAUGGGAAAUCCUCUUUCUCCCUUCUUAUGUGAGCUUAUAUUGCUUGUUGCCACUGCAACAAGGUUUAUAUUGGGCAAACCAAAAGAAACCUGGGAAUCCGUUUCAAAGGGCAGGUGGCAGAAGUCAGCAAAGCAUGCAAAGUUUCCAAAAAUGAUCCACCACACCUUUUCAAAUCAAAAGUGGCUGAACAUAUCUUUAAUGAGGGACAUCCACUAACAUCGGAUAACAUUCACCUGCUUCGCCCCGCUAAUAAUUAAUGGAAGUUGGAUGUAUCUGAAAGUUUAGAAAUCUACAAACAACAUCCAUUCACUCUGAUCAAUGAAUACGUAGGUAAUCAUUUUUCAUGGCUUUUCAAAAUCCUACCUAAAAACCCUAGAUCCAGUACAGGGCAAACUAACCACAGCAUAUGACUACCUAACUCCAAUUUAGGAAUUGGCCGUCUACCUAUUACUACCUACACGCAUAUAAAAAGGGGGUUACUCAGUUAUGCUCUUCAACAGUCCACAUAAGCACUAAUGAUGAUGGUUGCAUGAAGCAACCGAAAUACGUAUCUGCGGACGGUAUUCGAUUUUUUUGUAGUAGAAUUAAAUGGAAACAUAACCUUUUCUCAAUAUUCAAUUCCAUUCUACUAAGACGCUCAAAAAGAAAUUUAUUUUACGCAUACAGAUUCGACAAACUGUACUAUGUGCUGCAUUGAACCUUUUCGCCAAAUCACGGAGGAAGCCCAGGGAUAUUCCGGACUGCCCUGAUGACCUUCGCUCGAAGUUUCCGGUCCAAUGAUCCACUUCUACGUUUGGUUUGUUUAGCGCGAUCCACCGUCAAAGUGUCCCGGAAACGUUUGAGCACGGUAUUCACAAUCGAUUUCGGUAGUUUUGGGUUUUCAACGAAGGAGUGCACAAUUUUUUCUCGUUUCUCGCGUUUCAUCUUGGAUAACUUUUGAACGCGUGAUCAAUGACGAAAUUUUCACCACUAAGUAAACGAACCUUCCAAAUCAAAACGCUGUCAUUAGUUUCUCGGUACGACAACUGGAGGCGCUGCAGUGAAUAAAAGAAAACAAUACAAACAAAUACUAAGUGGAAUGAACCUUACGUUCACGGAAGAAGAUGAAGCGGUAGUAAGCACUCAUUCAUUUUGUUCAAAAAAUGUAUUUUGAUUGAGAGCUUUGCAAACGUCAGAAGCAAAAGAGGACGACUUUUGUGAACAAAACUUAUUCUACCGUAACCAUUUACAAGCUUGAUUCCAAAAACAUAAGAAAAAUUGACCGCAUUCCAGCAGAAACAGACCCUACAGAUUUAACACCGGUUUGCUUCUAAUAAACGGAGGUAUAAUAUUCUUAAUCUUAUCAAAUAUUCUAAAAACAAAAUUUGGGCCGUAAACAAACAUCCGACUUUCCUAAUUCCUAUAAAAAACACCAACAUUUUGACUUCGAAUGAUAUGAUUUGUUGAAACAGUUACGUAACUGUGAUUUUACUUCAAAAUCGAAAUUUUUGGUGGGUUUAGCUUUACGUAAUUUUAGGGGGUGGGAGUCAUAUUGAACGUUACUUAUCGUUACAUAAGGGGGGAGGGGGACUAAAAUCCGGGUUUUUAACGUUACGUAAAGUGUGUACGACGCCUAACCAUCCAUUUUUUUUUCAGUUCGAGCUCUGCGACAAGCUGUUCUUCCGCUUCACUCGACCAGUUGUCAGCACAGGUUUGCCCUAGAACUCAAACUCGAAAAUAAUAUAGCUUCUUAGAAGCGACGAACACGGCGAGCACCUGUUUGAAUUAAACAUCUAACGGUGAACACGUUUUUUUUUAUUAUAGGAAGGAUGUUCUGUAAAGGUACCACCCUUCUGGAACCCUCCCCGUUACCGUGAGACUCAAAUAUGUCUGUGUUUUUUUCUACUUUUUCAAACAGAUUGAGCAAAUGCUGGAAAUUUUCAUACGUAACAAUUGUUCCAUGCGUCAAAUCAUGUCAGGUAGAUGAAAUAUGGCAAAUAAUAGUGAAUUUUGAAGUUUAAAAAUUAUUUCAAUUCAAAAUCACAAAACUACGUAUUUUCAAAAAGUCAAAAUACAUAGGUCCUUCAAGUUGCUCUACAUUUUCAAAACAAGGUUGCCCGAAGCCAUACACGAUGAAAUAUUUAUUUUAGCAUGCACAGCUUUUGAGAAAAAAUGAGUUUGAAUUCAACAAAGUACGUAUUAUGCAUGGAAACCCGAUUUACUCAAUGCUCCAUGACAGGUUUCAAUUUAGCUCUUCGAUUUUCGAGCUCUACAUUUUUAGAGUAAUGCCUUCAGGAUUCAAAGAUGGUGAAAGAAUUAUUCUGGAAUGCGCAGGUUUUGACUAGUUCACCACACAACGAAUUAAUUACACCCGAUUCUUUUUUUUUUUUUGUAUGCGUUCCAAAUUUGUAUGGGCCCGUGUAAAAAAAACUUUUUUGAGUUGCAAAUAUAACGAAAAAAUCGUCCUAAAAUGUUUGAACCUCGAUUGAUUAUCUAGAUCUCAAUCUAGUCAAUCUAGAUACCAAAAUGCGAUAUUUUAAAUUUAGAAUAUUUACACCAAAAACUGUGUUUUUUUUUCAAAAACUGAUAUAUAAUCACUCGUGGCCCAAAACGGGAAAUGUGAUUGAAAUGAGGAGAUAUCGAGAUACCGUUUUUGAGUAAUGGAGGAAAGCAAACCGUGUAAAAAUAAUCGUGCAAAAAGAGAAUCCGGUGCAGUUGAAUUUUAUAUUAUACCGUACCGAAACACCACCAAGGUGGAUUCAAAACAUCAUAAUAUAUUAUUUUAAAAUCUUAUUAUAUAAUUUUAUUAUAUUUGGUUUUGGAGUAUUCGAGAAGAAAAAUAACACCAGGGUGAUAUGCAAAAUUACAACAGAAAAGUUGACACAGAAUGAAGAAUGUUUGAAACAUUACUUGCAGUGUAGCAUUCGAGAGUAAAUGAUAAGUAAUGUCAAUAAGUUAUGCAAGAAUAAUUAAAUAACUCCCUGAAAAUAACGUACUGGCCCUGAAAAGAUUCAAAACGGCAACUAGGGCCUCUGUGCAUCAUCCAGAUCACGAAAAUACUCGUAUGGGGUAGUAUUUGAUAAUAUUGGGAAACCGGAUGACGCCAUCGUGGAUUUCAAAAUGGAGUCUAAAGUCGAUUUCCGGCCUCUAUGGAUCAUUUCCAUAUUGAAUUGAUUCGAAUCAUUCUAGACCGUUUCUCGGAAACCGGAAGUCACAGAAUGGUUUCUAGAGUUGAGCUCCAGCCUCUGGGUUUAUUUAUGGCUCUGGAAAUAACCAUAUUGUGUAGUACUCGACCACUUUAAGCUGUUUUCCAAAUACCGGAUGUCACCACCUUGGAAUUCAAAAUGGCAUCUGGGUUCGACUGUUGGCCUCUAGAAUACAGACUGUUCCAGUUCCAAGUAUACUCAUAUCUGAUGAUAUUUGUUUUCAGCUCUGAUUGGUUAAAAUUGGCGUUCAUGACAGUGUAAUAGUUAACAUGAUAAAAUUGAAAUUUUCGCAUUUUGGUAGACGAGUAACUAAUUAGUAUAUAAUCGAUUGCUACAAAAACAAACUGUUGGAAAUAUUUCGAGUUAUAAACAUUUUAUUCCUCUCUUAGAAGCCUGCAGACAGACGUAGUUCAACGCUUAAAACUUUUGAAUCGGGUGGAUUUUGUUGCAAUAAUACCUAGGAUUUAUCCUAAUAAAACCAAACGGGUUCCAUUAUUUAUCUCACUUUCUUCCUAUGUUAUUCUUUUCCCCCAUCCUUUUCCAAACAUCCUUUCUCUUUCCUCUUAAUCCAAAAUUUUCUUUCACUUCAUCGGUUGCUCUUUUCCAUUUUUAUUUCUAUGCUCAAUUUUUGCUUGUUCAUAUUUCGCCAUAUUUUGUUUCAGUCGUCGUUCCUUUUUUUUUUCAUAUAUCACUGUGGUCUGAAUCAAGAAUUUAUGAAAAGGUAAACAAUAAAGGUAAUGAAUUAGGAGUAUCCUUAUCACCAAAUAAAUUAGAGAUCAAACUUUGCUUUUAGAAGUAACAGUUAGAUAAAUAUUCUUAAAAUCACAAGUUGCCUAAAAAUUACUUUCUUGGCAGAACAAAUCAAAUAAAUGAGGCUUUAUUUCUCCCAUAACAUUUACACGACAAUAGUAAAACUUUUAUUCAUGCGGCAUAUUCCAUUUGUAUUACCACAGAUUAGCAGACGUUCACUCUUCUAACAGUUUCUUAUAAAAUUACUGUUUAAAUGAUACUGGUCCUUACACUGCAUCACUAUCACUAUCAACUCGACUGGCAAUUAAUGAGUUUGUCAAAGUAGGAUAUCUUAAAUAAGGUAUAAAUUAAUUUUGUCAUACGGCGAUUGUUUUGCGACGCUGAAUCUGAUUUUUCUCUAUUUCCUUUAAAGCACUUGCGGAACUUUUCACGUGAAAAUGUUGCGCGAAUGUUUUCGAAUGUUUUAUUUAGGUUGUUCAAUUAUGCCAUAGCACCAUGUUUUCCGCAAUUACACAGGCGUCAAAACAGGCAAAGUAUGAUAAUAAUUCAAGCCAAUAGCUAGAUAUAAGAUGGUAGCAAGUCUCUGCAUUCACAGUAAAUAACCUCAAUGUGUAACUUUGAAACGUUGGCUAACCACGCAAUCGGCUGGAGCAUUUAUCCGCAACCCCGUUCCUCGCUGGGGACAUCCAACGUUUCAGUCACAUUAAAGCCUUCAGCAGUUCCCUGGAAACCGUAAUUUAUUUCACCCAGGGUACUUCCUGCCAGGUACCUUUAAGCCAACAGUACGAUAGUGCUACCUAACCAUAUCACGAUGGAAUUGAAUUUGCAUACGAAUAGAACGUGCCAUUUCCUCACACAAGCGACGACGACGUCAGCAACCGAUUUCACCACCGUACUCCUUCUAAUCGCUUCAUCCGGUAGUGACCAACCGAGCAAACAAAUUCUCGGCAGAGCCACAUUCGUCAGGACGAGGUUGAGCACAGCAUACAAUUUUUGCUAGUCAGAGCAAC